CCUGUCCACCUCAAUUCUGCGCUACACUGCUUGCGCGCAGCAUUGCGACUUCUCUAUCACGACUCCUUGAGGCACCAUCACCGCACCAUCGAUCCAUCUAUCUAUUCUAUCACCACUUCACCACUACAUCGACGACGCCAACGACCGGCCUCACCUCACCAUGGCGGCCGCUGUCUCCCCCGCUGCGGGUAUUCAGCGCCGGUUCCAAGGAUGCUCCAAGAUCGGCGAAUACGAAAUGAUGCAGAAGUUGGGAGAGGGCACUUUCGGCGAGGUACACAAGGCACGCCAACAGAAAACGAACAAGGUCUACGCGCUCAAGAAGAUCUUGAUGCACAAUGAAAAGGACGGGUUCCCCAUCACUGCGCUGCGUGAGAUCAAACUGCUCAAAAUGCUAUCGCACGACAACGUAUUGAAACUGGAGGAGAUGGCCGUGGAACGACCCAAAACCGAAGGCAGAAAGCGCGCUAUUCUCUACAUGGUGACGCCAUACAUGGAUCACGACCUCUCGGGACUCCUCGACAAUCCAGAUGUCCAUUUCUCGGAGCCGCAGAUCAAAUGCUACAUGCUCCAGCUCUUCAAGGGUCUCCGCUACCUCCACGAAAACCACAUUCUCCACCGCGACAUGAAAGCCGCAAACCUGUUGAUCAACAAUCGUGGCCGCUUGCAGAUUGCGGAUUUCGGACUGGCCCGGCAUUAUGAUGAGCCGGUUCCUCAGCGAGGCAAAGGCAACGGCGAGGCACGACGCGACUACACAACCUUGGUCGUGACACGCUGGUAUCGGCCGCCUGAGCUAUUGCUCCAACUCCGACGAUACACACCUGCAAUCGACAUGUGGGGUGCUGGCUGUGUAUUUGGUGAGAUGUUUAAACGAAAGCCCAUUCUCGCUGGCCAGAGCGAUUUACACCAAGCUCAGAUUAUAUUCGACCUGGUUGGAUCCCCCAAUGAUCAGACUAUGCCGGGAUGGAACCACCUACCUGGCGCAGAACCUAUCAAAUCUUUCCCAUCUAGCACUGGCAAUUUGGCUCAGAGGUUUCGCGAGCUCAACCGCGAGGGCCUUGAUCUCAUAAGCAAGCUCAUGUUGCUCGACUGGCGGAAACGCCUCAAUGCCAUCGAUGCCAUCGACCAUCCUUACUUCAAAACCAACCCCAGACCGAUGCGUGAAGAGGACAUUCCGCGAUUCGCCGACUCUCACGAGCUCGACAGGCGCAACGCCCGAGGUCAGAAGCAGGCUCUUCCCCCCGCUCCCGCUGGAGGCACCGUUGGUGGAGGUCCCAACGGAGAAUGGAAUGGAUCUGGCCAGCAUCCCAACGGUGGACAGUGGGGCAAUGGCGACCGACGAUACGGAGGCCCGCAAGAUCGAGGCCCACCGGGCGCAGAGCGAUCUCGAGGCGGCUAUGACCGACGACCCGCGCCUUAUGAUCACCGCCCGCCUCCUCCACCACCUCCAGAGCGGAGACCCAACUGGGGUAACGGUGCCGAGCGCCACAGCAACCUUCCACCACCUCCAGGUGAAGGCCGACACCCCCUUCCUCACCCACCUCGUUAUGGCGGUAAUGGCGCAGGCGACAGACGUGCACCCCCUGGUGAUACUUAUAUACCCAGCUACGACAAUGAAGGACCUAGGAGGUCGCGAGAUCCCGAUGAGCGACCAAGAGACGGCCGACGAGGCUCCAGAGACUCUGGCCACUCGCGAGAUGGACCGCGCAAUUACGGCCGAGAUAGACGUGACGGCCGUUCGCGAAGCCCAGAUCGAAGGGAGCGGCCACGCGAUCGCGACCGAGAUAGAGACAUCUACAGACGCUAG